CCUGACACAGGGACGCUCCACUUCUCUCCGGUGCAGCGCAGAUCAAUCUGCCGCGGAGAGAGAGACGAUGUCCCGUAAGUUUAUUCUAUAAUAGGCAUAUGCCUAAUUAUGUUUUAAGUCAACUUCAAAUGUAGGCUACUGAGAAGUCUAAAGACUACUUUCGUCUUCCUUAUUUCCCACAAACAAUCUGACAGAAAAGCGUAGCCUAUAGGCUACGUUGCGGAAACCUUUUUAUCUUGUUGAGUUGAACCUAAGAUGGAGCAGGAAAAGGGAAAGAUAUCUGUGUGGGUCUGCCGGGAGGAGAAGCUGGUCUCCAGGCUGACGAAACGAACCACCUGCGCCGACGUGGUCAAAGUCUUGCUGGAGGACCACAACCUGCAGCACGGAACCUCGGCGGCGAUGCUGUCCGGCUCUCCGCAGUCCUAUUGCAUGGUGGAGAAAUGGAGAGGCUUCGAGAGGAUUUUACCCAAUAAGACCAAAAUCCUCCGACUGUGGAGCGCCUGGGGGGAUGAGCAAGAAAAUAUCCGCUUCGUCCUGGUGAAGAAUGAGGCUUUGCUUCUCAACAACAGGCCCCGUAGGGCCGAGGCUCGGGUGGUCCAGAGCCGGGAGAGCGGCGGUCCGAGCGGGGUAAUGGGCACCGCCAGGACUUGCUUAACAGCAGCGGCCGCUGCCGCUAACAUGUCCCAGGAGAAACAGAGACGAAUAGUCAUGAAGGCUUUCAGGAAGUUGGAUAAGAUUAACAAAAAGAAAGGACAUGCUGUUUCUAAAGAUAAGGGCUCCGUGGAGAAGAUGGAGACGCUGGUUCACCUGGUGAUCUCCCAGGAUCACACAAUCCGCCAGCAGAUCCAGAGGAUCAAGGAGCUUGACCAGGAGAUCGAGCGGUACGAGGCCAAAGUGCACUUAGACCGCAUUAAGAGACACGGAGUGAACUAUGUGCAGGACAUAUACAUGGUGGGCUGCUCCUCGGAGGCUCCCGCUCCUUCGGACUUGCUCAAGGCGGAGCGACAGAACGCGUGGUGCACAGCGGAGGCGGUUGUCCAGUUCGAGGAGUACGCGCGCUGGUGUGAAGAGGUGGUGCGGCUGCAGGAGGAGCUGACGGUGCGCGAGGCGCUCGUGGAGAGCAUCACGGGGGAGAUCCAGGAGCAGCUCAACCUGCGGUGGAUCAAACGGUGGCGUGAGGAUAGAGUAGCGGAAGUGACGAAGGAUACAGACUGUGUCAUGGAGGAGAUGUGCCUGGCAUUGUCUGCCGCUCCACCUGAACAAGAUGUGGAAAGUUUGUCUGAGAACGAGUUUGCACUAGAUAAAGUUAGGAUCAAAACGCAGCUGAACACCAGUCUGUACAUUGGCCUGCGUCUGAAGACAGACCUAGACGCCAUCAGGGGAGACUUGGAUCUGAGUUGGGAGCUCUGGGAAACCAGGGAGAGUGAACUUUUGGACCUUCUGGCCAAAGUUGAGACCAUGGAGAUAGAGCAGGUAAACAACAAACUGAGUGACAAUGGUAAGACAGAGCUAGGAGCGGUGAGCGCUGAGGCUGAGCCUGUAUCAGCAGAAGAGAGCAGUAUCUGGGUGGAGCAGUCCAGAGGUCUGUCCAAGGUCUGCGAUACAAACGAUGAGGACUCGGACACAGGCCUGAGCUCCAUGCACAGUCAGGACUCUGACAACCCACCUGUGUGUAAAUCAUUAUUAUAGACUCACUUUGUUAGGAAGCUAUUGGACCUUUAUGCCAUUCAAUCCCAUAAACCUAGAGGCAGAGAAUAAGUGUUGGCAACAAUGUUCUGCUCUACCCAAAAUGCACCUACCGUAUUCUAUAGCAAUAAUUACUAUAUGUACCUUGUUGCACAAUAAGCUAGGAUGAAAACUGCAGACUUUGUGGAUUGGCUUAUGUUUUUUUGUCAACAUAGCUCCUUUGUGUCUAUUUCAUUGUUGUUUAAGUGGUUCUCAACAUCUUUGGCGUGGGACCCUUUAAAACAAGUUAAUGUCUGCACCUGAUCAAAAGUUACAAAUUUCUAUUCACUAUGAGCAUUUUAAGUAAGCAAAGCGUGAUGUGCUCUGAUUGUUUAAUAUAAUUAUUUAGACACUUGAAGAAAACAAAAAAAUAUUUUCCUCCUAGUUUUAAUAAAUUCACAAUUACUGAGAUUUAUACUUUGACCACGUAGGGGGAUCCCACUGGUUUAAAGCAGGUAAAAAUUCAAUUCAGUUUGGUACUCCCUGGUGAAACUGGAGGUUAUAGUGGGAUCAGAUCAGAGCCAAAUCAAAUGUUUCUUGGUACUUGUUUAAUAAGAAUAAUAAUUCAUUACAUUUAUAUAGCGCUUUAUCAGAGACACUCAAAGCGCUUCACGGUGGGGGGACUACUCUCUAACUCCACCAAUGUGUAGCAUCCACCUGGGUGGUGCAUGACAGCCUUAUGACGCCAGACGCUCACCACACAUCAGCUUGGUAGAAAGGGAUUUAAAGGGGUAAUCCAACAAUUAAAUUUAGUAUUUCACUUCCAUAAAUGUGAGGGAUUGUCGAGACAGAUUAAAAAAAUGGUUGAAAUUCAAGGAGCACAGACUUGUAAUUCAGGCUUUCUGUUAAAAAACUUAAUAUCUGAAGUCCUGAGGUGGAAAGUAACAAAAUACAUUUACUCACGUUACUGUAUUGAGUAGUUUCGUUGUGUAUUUUGUAUUUUUCAAGUUUGACUAACAAAAACCGAAAGAAAGGGGGAAAAAAAUCGCGUCCGUAAUAACUAUAGCAGCCAUCAUCAAAUAAAUUCUAGUAUUUAGCAUUUACAGCAGGUAACAUUACACAGGUAGAGCAAAAAAACACCCCCUGUAUUUGCAUCUCAAUUCACAUGCCAGUACUCUGCACAGCGAUGCCCGCGCUCCACACACACACACACACACACACACACAGCUGAGCCACGAUAUGUGAGCGUUAAAACACGUAGUAGCCUACCUGACUGGCAAAGAUACAAAGAAAUUUUCAAAGUUUUUUUACAAACAAGCUAAAACACAAGCUGUUGGUUUGAAGUCUAACUGAUUAUCUUAGUUUGCUGGGAAUCUUGAAAUUUGGACACAUUUUUAUAAACUUAACUGCUGGCUAAAAUAACCAUCCUCUCUGCUGGAGCUUUAAAUCUAUGGAUUUAUUAAAAGACCAAAAUGGAUGCAUUUGGCUACUAAAUAUGCACGUGAAUGACGCAAUGUUAUGUUUGCCUUCCUCAUUCUUGAUGAUGAUGCUGGUUGUAUUAUUUUGCAACAGCAUUGUU